GUAUACUUUUGUAUCGUCUUAAUCUGAUUUCCAGAAUGCAGAAAAAAGAUUUUUCUAACGCGUGAAGAGUCUUGCCAAGUUCCCCACACUCUAUCGCUGGAAAUGAAUUAUUACUGUCACAGCAUAGCCUAUAAUGGGCCUCGAAAAAAACCCCUUAUUAAAUGGCAUAAUAAACAUUUUGUGUUGCUUGACAAAAGUAUCGAUUUCUUCCGUGAGAUUUCCAUCACCUCUAAACCACUGUCGUCGACUUUCUACAUAUAAUUACAUGUAAAUUGACAUGAAAAUGAACAAACUGAGAAAUUCAGUUAAGAAUGUGAAGGUGCAUUUCUCAUGUUCACUUGAUUCUGUUUGAACAGACGACUAAGAAUGGUGAGAAGCGGUCACGUGAUAUGGCUGAUUGGGUUGAACGUGGUGACGUUUUUAGUGUAUGCGGCAGAGGUGUUCCUCGCUACCGUCAACGGGUUGGAUGCAGUAGGAAUCUUUAAGAACACAGUGGGGAAUAUCUCCGAUCUUUUUUACCUGGAAAUCACCCCAUCCAGCUGGACGUUCUCAAUUUGGGGUUUCAUUUAUGCCUGGCAAGUUCUCUGGCUGGUGUACGCCUUUACUUUGAUCUGCCGCCGAGGUAAAUCCGGUUACCUGUACGUCAGUCCAGGUGUGCUGUCUCCAUGGUUUCUCUUCUGCUUCACAUUGUCCACACUUUUUGUCAUCGCCUGGCUGUUUGUCUGGGACAACCUAAUCGUUGAAGCCGCCUUUGCUACUUUGCUAGGAGCCACUCUGACUUCUCACGCCGCGCUUUGUUUUGGUUAUUGGCGAAUGAAAAACAUCAAAUCAGAUCUUGUAGAGCAGUCGCGGUCCAUAGACAUCUGGCUGAAGCAAAUCUUGGUCCUGAAUGGCGUGGCAUUCUACAACACGUGGAUUUCCAUUGCUACCUGUCUCAACUUUGCCACGCUACUGACCUACACGGGUUGGAGCCCAGUUCCCCAGGGUGCCGCCUCAACGGCAGCUUUAGGACUUCUGAUGGCUGUCAUUUUCAUGUGGUUUAUUUUCAAGAACUUCUUGUUCGAGAGGCAUCUCCGAUUCACCUAUAGCCCAUUCAUUGUUUUGCAUGUAGGCUUGGCGGGAAGCUUGGACAAAAACUGGGACAGAAAUAACGGAAACUCCCUUCUUACUGCAAUGAUAUUAGCCGUUGUUGUGGUUCUCUUCGUGAUUUCAUUGACUCAUACAAUUAUUCGUCAAGUGCGAGAAAAUAAGCGUUCCUCUCAUCUCGUUGAAGACCCGGUAUCUGUCAACUCUAGAUAAACUACGUUAUCACUAACUUCAUUUGAUGUCUCCUAGCACAAAGGACUAAUUGCUGUAUGUAAUCACAGGCGUUAUACUCACUUCCAAAAGUGUCAUAUUUCUUCAAUAAACGUUUGAAAAUACAUAGCCAUUUGUACAGAAUGAUAAUACUUGACCUCUUUUAUAUCUGCAGAUGAUAUGUUUUUAUUUGUUCUGUCUCUAAUGAUUAUGACGGCGUCAAACACCAAUCAAACAGAUCUAAUGUCAAUGCUAGUUGUUCAGGAUUGUGUUUUUUUUGUUCUGUGUUCAUGAGAACUAUCUUUUGAAAACUUUAUUUGUACAUUUUGAUUUCAUACGCAUGUGAUAUAUGUUUUGUGACAUUAAGUUAUUACAUGCACUAUAACAUUAUGCGGCCAUUGCUUCUUCAACGAUUAAUAAGUGUAUUUAGAGUACAUAUAUUUUGGUGUAAUUUUGUUUAUCUUAUGUAUUUCUUUUCGACGAGAAUAGCAUAACAUCAUGCAUA